AUGGCAGGAAGCUCAGCAAGUCUCCCAUGGCUGGAGAAAACCAGGUUACAGAUUCAAAACCAGCAGGAGUGGAAGGAGUUCACCGAAAAAUUAUACGAUGCUGUCCUGCAGCAGAUGAAUGAGAAUAAUAUUAGGUUCUUCAAUGACCUGUCAGAAUCAGAAAAGAUUUUUGUCUUGGAAAAAGCAGCCAAAGCUCUACAUUCAGGUGUCACUUAUAAUAAAUUAACUGGACACAUCAGUUCUUGUCUGGAAGAAAAUAUAUACAGUUAUGUUGCUCUGGAACAGCAGGAUGGGAGCAUUCCUAGGAGCCAAUCUGACCUGGUGGCUUCCCAUAUUCAGGAUGGAUUGGUCAGUAUUCUUGAAAAAAGACCCACCCUAAAAGUAAAACUACAUGUCCUCUUCAAUCAGCCUAUACCAACUGCCUUAAGAGUGUUAGCUUGGAAGCUGCAACUGUCCAACACAAAGGCUCGCAUGGAAUAUCUAACACAAGUAUCUUUGAACAAGACACGCUCCGUCCUGGAAAGGGAGAUAGCACUGCACUGUGAUGAUCUGCUCUCCAAUGAGCAAACACUACAGCACCUAAAAGACAACAAGAAUACAGGAAGAUGUAUGCGGAAUGUAAUGUCCUAUUAUCACAAGCGCAGCAAAGUUAGCCUCUUAAAAGAAGACUAUCCUCUGCUUGUGCCUCUGGUCCAGGUUGUGUUGGCCUCAUCUUAUCCUAGCACCUCAUUGGAAUCAAUGACUACACUAUUGGUGGAGCAGUAUAUUGCGUUCAUGGAUUCACGACCAACUAUUAUGUGUCAGAAUAAGAAAAAGGAGGAUGGAACUAAUGAUAAUGAAGCUUUCCAGUCCAUUGCAUUGUCUUUAGAAAAAAUAGACCCAAAUUUGGCACAUGCAGUCCAGAAUCUCUAUACUUCGCACGCUGAGGAUCCAGAAUAUGCCUUGACACUUGCCAUGCAGAGGAUAUUACAGCCUGUCUUCCAAGUCUUCUUUGUCGGGUAUCUGAACAUGAAUACAUUGCUGUAUGUGUGGGACCAGUACAUUCUUGGACUGGAUGAACCGAGUUAUAAUUGCCUGCCAGCUCUUGGCUUGACCUUUCUCUUGCUGCUCCAAAGUCAUCUCAUUCGGUGCAGUUCACCCAGUGAAAUAGAAGCAGCACUUAAGAUGGGUGGACCAGCCUUGUCUAUCCAAGAAUUUCAGAUGGUGAUAAAUAAACAUUUUUACCAGGAUCUCUUCAAUGCACUAAACAAAGGAGAGAACAGCCAGAUUCCAGUACAUGAUCCAACACAAGCUACUUCACAUUGGAAUUAUAUUUCAAAAGUGAUGACACCUUUAAGGACAAGGCCACAAGAUAGACGAAAAGCGAGAGAAGAACGGGAAUUACUGAGAAGACAAGCUGCAGAGAAGGAACAGAUAGAGGAACAGAUAAGACGUCAGCAUGAAGAGGAGCAAAGAAGACAAGAGGAAGAAAGAUUGAACAGACUGCUGGAAGAUGCAAGGAGAAGAUUUGAAAAGGAGAGAUCCGAUCUUGAAAAUCGACUCAAACAGGAACAGCAGCAGAAUUAUGAAUUAGAGAAGAGGGCAACUAAGCAGAUAAAUGACUUACAAAGUGAAAUCCGAAGGCUGUUGCAGCAAAGAAGGAUGUCUUUUGGUGGACACUCCAUAGAAAGUGUAAUGGCUCCCCCCCCUUCAUUGAGUUCACAGACCCCUCCACAGAGAAGGCUAACAGCCACGCCAUCAUCUCCUGGACUGGACGCUGGGACACGUCCCGCUAUUAAAGAAGUCAGUGGAAAAACAGCCAAUACUGUGGUGUUUGACCUGUUAAAGCACAUGAUGGAAUCUGCAGAUAUGUUUAUUAAUGGCCGGACUGUAGCAGAAAAAGAUACUUUAAAUGGAAUUACAAGAAAACACCAGAAGAACUAUAAAGAGGAUGUUAAGAAUGCAGAGGUUGAACUUUUUGGCCGUGAACUAGAAUUAAAUGAGCUUGAUUACAUAGAAGAACCGAAGAGAACAAAGAUAUCAAAGAGACUAUCCCAAGCAAUAAAAAGACGGACAGAUGCCCGCUAUACAGCUGCCAUUAAAAGUGGUGGACAAAACUUGCCAAAAAAUGUUACCUACACAGAUCAUAUAUGA